GAUGACAGACCACCUAUAAAAGGGUCUCACCCCCUUCGCGAUCCCGAAUCAUUUUGGGGACAUAACUAGCCACCAAUAAUGGAGCCCUUCCUAUUUACAGACACUGAGCUCCAAGUGGGAACCGAGCGAAGUCGAAAAUACCUAGGCACCGCUAAGAUCGAUCUCGAUCACAUCAGCUUCCACCCCGACUCGUCACGAACGAUAGAUCCCGAAAAUAUAGACCGACUCCGUGAGGUUUUUCGCUCAGAAGGAUGCCGCCGAUAUGAGAUUCAAAAUCACAUUACAGGUGUCGUCUCGCGGGAGUCCCUGCAGGAAGCACUCCGUGCAGCACACAAGGCCCAAGAUGAACUGCUCACUACGACGCCACAAAGUAUCCCCCACCUUCAGUUCUCUGCUGGUCAGGUUUUCUGUCUCCACGGUCAGCAUCGGGUUCGAGCUGGAGCGGAAGUCCUUCUAGGAGAAGACCGAUGGUGGACCGUUGACCUCUACCUUGAUGAUAUCAGCACCGAGUUACGCACCGCACUCAUCGAAGAAUACGCCAACGAACGACGGCCCAACGACGGAGAGAUCUACCGCAAAAUCCGCCAAUACCAACAGGAGCACAACGCUCACUUUCAGAGGCGAUGGUGGGUGAGGUUAUCAUCGAGCAAGGCGAGGCGUCUCCAACAGCUUCACAAAAAUAUCGAUAUUCAAUGUGCUUUUGACGCACUGUUACCAAUUUCUGGAGUGUGGGAUGGGAUGAGCAUUGGGAAGCUGUCCAAAGUGAUGGCUCUCGACAGUGAUAAGGAGGUUCUGAACUAUCUUUCACACAUCAAGAAAUUCUGGGUCGAGCUCGUGAGCGUCGACCCCACUCAUCCCAACCUCGCCGCCAUAAGGAAGAUCGAUUCACACACGGUGAAGAAACUGGAAUCGAUGGCGCCGGGAGGGUCCCGGGUCGAUGCAAGAACGGUACGUGGUUGGGUGAUCAGCGGCGAGGUUCUGGGGGAAUUCAGUGAGACGGAGCGAAGCAAUAUGUGGGAGCGCAUGCAACAGUUUGACGGUCUGAUUCCGUCUCUCCACACAUUUUUCCGGGACAUGGACUAUCUGGAGGCGUGCGCUGAUGCGGUGAAGCGACUGUUUCCGCUGUCCAAAACUCAUCCUACGCUAUGGUCGGCGAUGAGCCAUUCCUAUGCGCGUCCUGCGGCAUCUGGUGAUGAUUGCCUCAUCCAGACGACCGAAUCCCAAUUGAGCCGUCGUCCCAGCGACAACGUCAAUCAUCUGGAGCUGGCGUAUCGACAGGUUUGGUUGUACGCAAUGCGUCAUUACCCCAGCAUGAGCAAAGACCCCGAAAGCAAUGAUCUAUUAACAAGACCCGCGAACGAGAAAGCCGAUGAAACUGUCGUUUACGAGAUGGCGGUCCUUGCACAGAAGCUGGGCUUCACGUCUGCUGGCAUCGAGGAGAUCAUCAAUCAAUCUCCCGAUCGACAAAUCGCGGUGGACUGCCUGCUCAAAGCUCGAAAACCUGAGAGUUAUCAGUAUUCAGCCGCUGAUUUGGAGCGGUCGGUUCGCCGCAUUGUCGAGUGCUUCGCCGCGGCCACUCCGUGCGAACAGCCUUUGCAUUCCCGCCCUGUCAUGACAUUUGCUGACAACCGGAGGGCACGGGGUGGGCUCCCGUCUCGACAGGCCCAGAAAAACGAUCGCCGAUUCCUGUUCAUUGACCACCUGCACCGCGAAGUAUCAGCUACCGAGAAGGUCUCGACCUGGUUUGUGCGGCGGAGUGUGUAUUUCGCCUUUUUUGGAAGGUGUUUCUCUCCACCACCCGAUGCCCCUGGCGAAAGAACUGCUAGCGUAGCCAACUCUGCGAGCCCCCGUUCGCCGCUAUUUGUUCCCGAUGAUGCAUCUGAAGGCGGAUCCGAGACCAGGAUGGAUGGCCCUUUGCUCGUGACUGAGACGGAAGAGGUCUCCCCGGGAGCAGUACCAGGCAUCACCGAUCCGAGACGCCUAUCGAGAGAAGCGUCUGCUGUGGCUGAACAAGAACGUCUUCGUCAAGAGGCGGCAAGAGUGGCCACAGAGGCUGCUGAACAGGAACGGCUGCAACGAGAAGCAAUUGCAGCCGAGCAGGUCCGGUUACAGAGAGAAGCGGCGGAACAAGAACGCCGAGAACAAGAGGAGCGCGUACGGAUCGAACAGGAGCGUCUUCGAAAAGAGGCGGAAGCCAGGGCGGCAGCAGAGAUGGCUGAGCAAGAACGUCUUCGUCGAGAGGCGGAAAGAGUUGCUGCAGAGGCUGAACAGGAACGACUUCAGAGAGAAGCCCAAGAGAGAGCGGCCGCCGAAGCAGCUGAACAAGAACGGCUAGAACAAGAGGCGAUUGCCGCUGAGCAGGUCCGUUUACAAAGAGAAGCAGAAGAAAGAGCCGCAAAUGAAGCAGCUCAACAAGAGCGACUACAGCAAAUACAACGCGAAGCAGAAGAGCAAGCCGCAGAGCAGGAGCGAAUCCGCAGAGAAGCAGAGGAGCAGGCAGCAGAGCAAUCUCGGUUGGAGAGAGAAGCGGAAGAGCGUGCAGCCGAGGAAGAAAAGGAAAGACUAGCCGUCGCAGCUGAACAAGAACGUCUUCGCCAAAACGCUGCAGAAAGAGCCUCUGCCGAGGAGGAGCGUAUUGCGCAGGAGAGAGCCGUCGCUCUGGCGCAUCUAGAACAGAAUGAUGACCAUAUCUCCACACCGACCGACGCAGUCCCAUUGGAACGACUGAGCUCCACCACACAAAUUGACAUCACGCCUGACUUGCCCAGUCUCAUCACCCAAUUACGGGAAACUUCCGAUUCGCUGGAUGAGGAUCAUAAUGCCCGUGUUGGACCACAUGGCAUUGCAACGCAAAAUUCCCUCGAGAAUGCUCGCCAGGCUGCCUUGGACUCGCACGCCGGAGAUGUGCCAACCAACGACGGAUCACCACCACGAACCAUCACUGCUGGAUUAGAGCCGAUUACCGAAGAAGCAGAAGUUUCGAAUCCUAUUCCAUCCGUCAUCAUCGAUGACGAUCGCCAGAGACAACUUCAAGAACAGAUCGCCGAACGCAGGCGGGCCGAUAAAGAGAAGGUUGCCAACGCGAAACGAGCACCACUUGAGAUUGAUGACCACUUCACUCAGACUCGCAGUGCGGAUAAUGAGGAUCUUUAUGAACCGGACGAGGAGGUGAUGACUGCGCCACCGGAACGGCUUACAGAGCCUACUGUGUCUCCCGAAGGAGCUUCUGAGACCUUCGAACCAGAUCAUACCUCGACAGCGGUUCCUGUAGCCAGCGUGCCAAGGGCAGCACGUUUAUCGCAAAAGAUCGCGAGCCCAAGACAGCCCAUGGGCAUUAAGAAAACCAGGAAAUCGGCUAUCGCGCCGAAAAAGCCACGUGGAUCACGGGCAUCGUUCGAUCCGUCAUUACCACGGCGAACUCUGCUUGAAUUCGAGACGAUCAUGGCCACAGGCCCAGCGUGGCCGGGCAACCAGGAAAUCUCCCCAGGCAAUGUUGGUCCCGAUUCUUCAGCGACUGCGGAGCAAGCCGCCUCGCCGGCAUCUGGACUGGCUCGUCUCUGGAGGAGCCGCAACCCAGCCCCCAAAGAGGCGAAGUCACGGCGGAACGAGACGUCUGAUCCUCGACGACAACUCCCGCUGCUUCCCGAUGACCUUGGAGCGGAUUCAAUGAUCUUCUGGGUGUGGAAGGCCAACAAAUGGAGAGAAAUGGAACGAAUCCCACUCGACCCAUCGGAUCCGCUCCGCGCGGUGCGCGUUGCCUUACGGUACGAACGGGAUGAGCCGGUCGAAUUCGUCGAUCGAAACAUGCACGCAAUCGCAGCCGCGAAAUGUGUCCAGGCGGCGCUGGCGGAGGGGACGAGAUCCAUCUUCCUGCUUCUCAGAGACGGGCCCCUGGAGCGGCCCAUCACUCGGGCGAUGGCGAUGGCGGCGGAUGACCUUGCCAAAGAGACCCCGUUAGUACAAGGCCGGAAGCGCGGCCGAUGA